AUGGCGGCCGCUGCGGAAGUGGGUGUGCAGGAGCGGGAGGUGCAGCUCAACUACUGGCUGGAGCAUUCAAAGGAGCCUACCGUUGAGGCGAUGAUGCUCGACAGCAAGGCCUCGGAAAUUGAUCAGAUGGAGCGCCCCGAGGUGUUGUCCACUUUGGGCAGCAUCAAGGGCAAGCGUGUGCUGGAGCUGGGCGCGGGCAUCGGGCGCUUCACCGGCGAGAUUGCCAAGACGGCGUCGUCGGUGCUGGCCUGCGACUUCAUGGAGGUCAGCAUCGACGAGAACAGGCGCCGCAACGGCCACCUGCCCAACGUGGACUUCCGCGUCGCCGACGUCACCCAGCUGCGCUGCGAGCCGCGCCAGUUUGACGUGGUGUUCAGCAACUGGCUGCUGAUGUACCUGAGUGAUGAGGAGGUGUCGCAGCUGGUCAAGAACGCGCUGACCUGGCUGCCAGAGAGCGGGGUCCUGUUCUUCCGUGAGAGCUGCUUCCGCCAGAGCGGCGACAAAUCGCGCGGCGCCAACCCCACGCACUACAGGCGCGGCCCAGGGGGGGGGGCCAAGGGGUUGACUGCGAACCCUCGGCAGUACUUUUCCAUUGUGGACGAGGCGGAGGUCGUGCUACCUGAUGGGUCGCUGCAGCACUUUGAGCUGGACCUCUGCAAGUGUGUGGACACCUACGUGGCGGUCAAGCGCAACCAGAACCAGAUCUGCUGGCGCUGGAGGAAGGUGCGCGGCAGCUGCCCGACCGGCCGCCCGAGCUGA